UCGGGCCUUGGGAUCUCAGGGGUUCAGUCCAGUCACAGCAGCCAGAGCAGUGUGGUCCCCGCCUGGGCGAGGGCCUGCUCCCUGCAGCUGGAGGGAGACGCCAUAACAACGUAACACAAUCUCCUGCACUACAACACUGCCACCCAACUGCACGUGACAACAACCACACAACACAACACUGCUACACAGCCCCUAAACAACAAAGCACUGCUACACAACUCUGCAUACCACAACCACGACAACACCAGAACCUACCACAGCACUACUACACAACAUAAACGAUCCUAUGCAACACACCAUGGGUACACAACAGUGCAACAUAACUACACACCACAACCAUCACAUAGUCCUGCUACAUAACUACACACCACAACACUAUUAUACACCAUAACACAAUAUACAACACUCCUGGGCCCAAUCCCGACCCACAGCCCCCUGCUCUCCCAGCCCCAGGCCCAAUCCCGACCCACAGCCCCCUGCUCUCCCAGCCCCGGGCCCAAUCCUGACCCACAGCCCUCUGCUCUCCCAGCCCUGGGCUCCCCACUCACUGGUGAAUCAGGCACCAUGUUUCCUGAAGUGACAGAGAUUUCAGACCUUUCACACUAAUGAUCCCUUUGCCUUCCCACACAGGCCCUGGGUCUGGGACCCUUAAAACACAACAACUGUUCAACUAAAUGAGCCCAACUGGGGGGCAGGAGGAGAGAUUGGGAGCCUGGGGAUAAAUGGAGUAUAAAGCUGAGGAGUUGUUGGGGUGGGAGCUGUGUGGUGGGAUGUAUGGGCAGUGGCAGUCAGGAGGAGCCCAGGGUUGAGCUAGCAGGGGGCUGCUUGUGUCAGGAUGAAGCACAGAGCCCGGUGGUGCUGGGUACAAUGAGCUGGGGGGGGGGGCCCUGCAGGGCUGAAAGCUGUCAGGUGAUUAGCUGCUUGGAAGCUCAGCGCCUGCACCUGUUCCAGGCCGUGAAGGGCGGGGGACUAGGUGGGAUGGACUCAAUGAUGUCUCCGAUCAGGUCCUGCCUCGCUAGCUAGACAGGCCACAGGGUGGGGAUUCAGUAGGGGGCAUAAGAACAUAACAGAAGAACGGCUGUACUGUGUCAGACCAAAGAUCCAUCCAGCCCAGUAUCCUGUCUGCUGAUAGUGGCCAAGAGGGGCACUCUCCCCUCACACUCAGUGCUGGCCCCAAUGCCCUAGUGCAGCCCUAUGGGGGUGCUGAGCUGCGGGGGGUUCAGUAGGGGGUGCUAUGUGCCUCACUUCUCCAGUGCAGUGUUACCUGGAGGUCACGGCUGAUCCUUUCCCCUGGACUCAGGGUGCGGACCCAGGCAUCCGGGCCGAAUUCCAGCAUGGCCAGGCCGACCCCAGACAGAGGUUCACUGUGCUGUGGCUUCCAUAAGCGUCUUGGCUCCCGAGGUCCCUGGAUUCUGAGGGACUCUUACCUCCCAUGGGGGGAGGGUGGUCACCAGGGGAUGGUGCCUCACAGUAAAUGUAGUAGAGCAGGUGAGCGAUGGGAAUGGACGGAACAAUGCCCCAUUGUCCCCAAAUCUGCCCCCCUCUGUGGUGCGGCCUCUAAGGGCACAGGGGCAGGUUUGAGGCUGCUUGGACGUCUGAAGCCAACCCCCACAUCUCGGAUUCCCUCCCCACAUACACACAUCUGCCCCCUGUCCCCAGAUCUCACACCUGCAGCUCCUCUGAUCUGUGGUUUCCGUCACUCUUCUGCCUGCCCCUCCCCAUAUAACCCUCCCCCCAGGAUGCCUAGGCAGGCACUGAGCUGCUACUGCCAUGGGGCCUGGAGUCCUGAGUCCCUGUCUCCUGCUGCUGUGGGUCUGGGCCUGGGCCCUCCCACCUGGCUCCGUCCUGCCCCUUGAACUCAGCAAGGCUGAAGUGACUCGAACGUUCAAGGAUUUUAUGAUUCAGUUCAACAGAACCUACAGGAGCCCCGCAGAGCAGCGCAGACGCUUCGGGCUCUUCACGCGGAGCCUGCUCGCGGCGCGGCGGCUGCAGGAGACGGAGCUGGGCACGGGGCAGUACGGGGUGACCCGCUUCAGCGACUGGACAGAUGAGGAGUUCCGGGGGAUGUUAGACCCCCCGCCCCACACCAUGCGCUAGGCCCCCCAGCUCCCGAGGAAGGAGCCACCCCCGUUCUGCAAUUGGAGGAAGGCGGGGGCUGUGACUGCCGUGAAGGACCAGGGCAAAAAGUGCCGCUCCUGCUGGGCCUUCGCUGCCGUUGCCAACAUCGAGUCCCUCUGGAACAUCCACUUCCACCAGCCCCGGAACCUCUCGGUGCAAGAGGUGUUGGACUGCAGCUGGUGCAGAGCGGGGUGCAAAGGGGGCUACGUGUGGGACGCCUUCACUACGGUGUUACACAAGGGUGGUCUGACCAGCGAGGAUGCCUACCCCUACACAGGGAGACAGGAGACAUGCCACAACCUCAAUGAGCCGGCUGCCUAUAUCCAGGGCUUCCAGACACUACCUGGAGAUGAAGUGGAAAUAGCUGCACAGGUCGCAAGCAAGGGCCCAAUCACAGUUACCCUGAACUCAGCUGUCAUGAAG